AUCUCAUCCGGACCUCUCUGUUUCUCAGGGGCCAAGUGGACUCCCCAUGAAGCCUCCAACCAGACCCAGGCCAGCACCCUCCUGGGGCUCCUGCUGGGUGACCACACAGAGGGGAGGAAUGACACCAACUCCACCAGGGCUCUGAAGGUGCCAGACGGAACUAGCGCUGCCUGGUAUAUCCUCACCAUCAUCGGCAUCUACGCGGUGAUUUUCGUUUUCCGGCUGGCCAGCAACAUCCUCAGAAAGAAUGACAAGUCCUUAGAAGAUGUUUAUUACUCAAAUCUGACUUCUGAACUCAAAAUGAAAGGGCUCCAGGGCAAGGUCGCCAAGUGCUCCACACUGACUAUCAGCAACAGAGCUGUGCUGCAGCCCUGCCAGGCCCACGUGGGGGCAAAGGGCGGGAGCAGCGGGCCCCAAACCGCAACCCCAGAGACCCCCUGAGAGUCAAGGCCAGGAGGCCUUCCCCAGGGUGGCCCCAGACUUCUUGGAGGGGAGCAGCUUUGGGUUUACUUGGAGCCCUUGAGGGGGACUGGGGGUGCAUCGCUGACAAGGGGUGCUUCUGGCUGCUAGUUUGUGACCAGAGCCAGCAACCCAGUUCCUCCUCAGGCUUCCAGGUGCUUCGAGAAGAGAGAGCGGGGCAGCGGUUUCUAGCCAAAUUCAAUCUUCACUGGCAAAGCCUGUGCUCUGGGGAGGAGCACUGUCCACUGUUCUCGGAGGAAUCCGGGAGACUCCUGGGGGCAUACAAGGAGGUGACCCCUUGUCAUGGAAAGAAGAGUGAACUUGGAGUCGGUCCUGAGUUAAAAUUCAACUUCUGGAGAGUCACAUAAACUGAGCAGCUAGUUGCUCACCUGAGACAUCUAGGGUUUGGAGACAGAUGGUUUUAAAAGGCUAUUUUAUUUCAAAGACUCUGGCUUGAAUAUAGGACCAAAGUUGUUAAUAUCAGAAGUUGGAAAUUCUUCAUUUUCAUUGAAAGAAUUAGGUACGUCAAAAAAAGCACUGGAGCUGGGUGUGGUGGC